AUGACGGAGAGAGUAAAUUCACAACUGAAUCCACUUGCUCAUUAAUCAUCAACUUAAAUACAGCAAAUAAAUUCUGCAGAUGUUUCUAAGAACUCAUCUAAAUUGAAGAAACCUUUGCAAAAGCCUUCCCAAGAACUGCUUAAUUCUACGAUCAUAAAGCAUACAAGAGUCCCGUUGAAAAAUAAACCGUAUGAAGUUAUGAGAUUUAAAGCCAAGGCCUAAGCUAAGAAUAAUACUGCAAAGCCAAGGUAGAAAAAUAUCUCUAUACCAAUGCCAGAAGUAUUAAACAUAGUAAAUGAAAUCGGCUAUGACUUAGAAAAUGAUGAUCAGCAAUAUUUCUGGUUUCUUAAAAGAAUAUUAGUGCAGGAAUUGCCUCAGGGCUGGGUUAAGGAGACCUCAAUGAUGGGAGAGGCCUAUUAUCACAAUGAAUAGUUAAAUGUUACAACAUUCAAGCAUCCCUAUAUUAAGCACUACAGGAAACUUUUCAAUAAGAUUGUUUAAAAUAAGAAAUAUACUUUUCAUCUGGUAAGGGAAGACCUUGAAAUAAACAAAACAGUCUCUACAAGAUCAAAGCGUGCUACUUUUAUGACAAGACUUAAGUAGAGUGUGGUUAAAUUAGCCGAUAAUUAAAUCAUUCAGGUAAAGGUUUAUGGAGAGUAGGAUAUUAAGGACCUGAAGACUAUGCUUGUUACGCUACAGAGUAAAUCUGAUUAAUAAUACCAAAAAAUUGCAGAAAUUCAAAGUCUAUCAAAAGCUUUGACAUUCUACGAAAAAAUUGUAGGAAUAGAUAUCAAGAAACCCCCUUAUUACUUGAAGAACAAUCCAACAUACUUGCAAAUUACUCCUGAAGAGCUUAUUAAACUUGGAAUAUAAUACAAGAUAGAUUUAAAGACUGAAAUAGAUUUGCUCUGGAUUCCAAGAAUGAUAUAAUGUCUACCUUUACCUCCCUUUUGGAAGAAGUUCUAAACUGAAUUUCAAGCAGAUUAGAAUUCAUUAGAUGAUAUGAAUUAGCAAAUUUAUUAUAAGGAUUUGGAGAGUAAUACGAAGAUCAACUUUCAUCCGAGCUCACUUUUUAUAAUCAAAUUAAUUAAUAAGGCAAGACUAGACAAGAUUGAUGCUGGAAUAAGUUAAUUUUUAAAUCCAAAAUAAGGGAAUCGAAAUGGAAAGGAAAAGUAAAGAAAGCUUUCUUCAAUUAAAGCUAAUACAGUUGCACUUUAGAAUAUAGAUAUAAAAUUUAUGGAUAACUUGAAUAGAAUCUAUAAAUGCUCUGGAAAAGAUUUAUAUGAAUUUGCUUAUGAAAGUUUAAAUUUAGAAACAAAAGCUCUUGAAGAUGUGUUUGAAUAUGAAUAGUCACAGGCUGACAGAGAACUUAUAUUGCUUUCUGAGAUUUUUCAAACAUAGGUCUCAUAAUUUAUUCAUGAAAAGUAGUUAACAGACUAUGAAAUUAGGGCACUAGCAGAGCAGUGUAAACUAUCAGCAUCAAGAGAUACAUAUCUCUAUAAAACUUUGUAUGAGUUUCUAGCUCAAAAGUAUCAAGAAUAAGAUGAGAAUUUAAAGAACUACGAAUCUAAGAAAACAAAUGAUUCAAAAUCAACCAACUCUGAUAUACCUAAGGUUUGGAUUUUUAGAUAAGCUAUUGAGGGAUCAUAUUACUGGAUUGAAAAGAGUACCAAAGAAAUGUCUACUGUUUAUCCCUUUUUGAGAGAACUUAGAAGAUUGAUUGAAGAAAUUAAAGUUACUAAUGCAGCAGUAGAAUAGUAUGUUUCUACCAAGUCAUAGAUUAAAGUCCUAAAGAAAGUCGAAAAUUAUCUUCGAUUAAAAUAAUAUUCAACUUGCUAUAUUGAUAGACUAAUUAAGUCAAAUCUUGAAGAUUAGCCAGCUGCUGAAUAUUCUGAAGAUGAAGAUAAGCAGUAAGAAGAAAGGGAAUUUGACGAAUAAGACUUUUUAGAUAAAGUUAUGAGAGAUCUUAAUAUUGAAGAUGAUAUUACUAAGGAAUAGCUCUUGUAAUGGAUGUUUUCUUGGCCUUAUGAAAUGAGCGAUUAGUUUUUCGAGCAAAAAGAGCAGAUUAAAUUAAAAAUUGAAGAAGAUUUACAGCUAAUUAGAGAAAAAUCCCUUAUAAGAAAGUAAACUCUUGAUAGAAUGAUUAAGAAAAUUACAGUUAUCAAUAGAAUCGGAAAAGCUUUUGGUGGAAAAAUCUAGCAAAAUAAUAUUCCAAUAAUGUCUGAAUCAGCAGUAAGAAAAUUAUAGGAGGAAGAAUUGCUAUAGAAAAUAAAGAAAACUAAAGCUGUUAUUGGAGUAAGCGAUAUUAGAAUAAGGAAAAAGUUGAGAGUACUUUUGAGUAAUGCUAUGUAAGAUGAGUAAGAAAGAGAGAAACUGUAAGGAAUAGAAUUAUUAGAAAUUGAAUUUUUUGAGAGUAAUCAGAAGAAAAAGUAAGAGAUGCUAAAGGAGUAAUUGAAAAAGUAAUUAGGGCUUGAUGUAUCAGAGAUAGAUGAAGACUUAGAUGAAGAGGGAUCUGUUACAUAAGAUAAUAUAUAGAAAAUGACAAUAUCAGAAGACGAAAAUGAAGAUGAUUCAGAAUCUGAUAAUAACAAUAAUGAGUUUUAGGAUGGUGAUAUGGACGAGCCAGCUGAUGAUAGUUUUACAUUUAAAGGGCCAACCAACGGUUAAGAGGAUGAAAAAAAGUAGGAUGAUCAAGAUGAUGAACCAGUGCCUGAGGAUCUUCAUAUUCAUGAUUCUAUUCCAAUUGAUAUGGAGGAUAAAGACUCGAUACUCGGAAAUAUAGAAAAAGAUUUAGUUAAUUCAAAUCUCAUUGAUGAAACGAUUGAGUAAAGAAGAAAAAGGCUUGAGAAUCAAAUGAUAUAAAAUAAACUUAAGGAACUUACAGAAUCAAGUGCAUUCAUUAAAAGAGUAAGGAGGAAAAUUAACUAGUAAAACAUCAGUAAAACUUAGGAUGAACUUAAAAAGAAGAUUAUUAAGUUAAAAAUGAUGCAUCUAAGAGUUGCUAAUGAGGAAUUAAGCUCUCCAUUAUCAAUAAAUAGCAAGCAUGAUGACUUUGAUUUUCUAAGUGAGAUCGUGAGGGUUCAAGAAAAUGUAAGCAGUUCCGACGACUCAUUUAGGGAUGAAUCUUCAGUGUCAAUAGUUCCUAAGAUCUCAGAAGUUGAUUCUUUAUACGAAAUAUCUCAUGACUCAGAGUUUUUGGAACAUAUACAAGGAUUUGAGAAUGAAAUGGACUCAUAAAUGAAAAAAGAACAGUCAAUAACUAAUAAAUUUUCAAAUAAAAAGCUAACUUUAAAAGAAAAUUAGUUUUAUGAUGACUUUGAAGAGAUAAAAAGAAUAGAGAGGCAAAUAAAUCAAAGGAGGAAAACUGGCAGUUCAGGUUAUGGUAAAUCUAGAAUGUCUAAAAAUUCAAUUCUCUAUGAAUCAAAGGAAAGCCCUGAAUUAAGGACUAUUAAAGAAGGAUCAUUAAAGAGAUAAUCAUCGAUGAGACUGGAACAGAGUGAUAAAUCAAGUGAAGCUAAAGGAAUAAUACCAAACUAAUCUCCUUUGAGAAUUUCAAAUCAAAAUUCAAGAGAACAGACACCACUGCUAAGUGAUCAAAGAACAAUGUCAAGAUAAAGUAGCUAAAUUGAUUCAAAGGGAGAUAAUAGCUUCAAUAUCAAUUUAAUUAAAUUGGGUUAGCAGAACAGACAGGCUUCAUUUAAAGAUAUUAACAAGCAAAAAAGUCUCUCAUAAUAUUCUAAUGACUUAUCAGGGAAUUUCGACUCAUUUUCAGAAAGAAACCUACCAAAUUUAGAAUCACAAAAAUCUAGAAGAAACUAUCUUACCAGUAAAUUAGAGAAAGUCGAUGAGGAGUAAGAAAUGGGUUCUAGAAAUGAAAGCAAGAUUGAAGGUAUGAAGAGUCCUUCGUUGAGUAACCCCAAAAGAAGUAUCGAUAGCCCUACCAGAAGGAGACUUUCAACCUAACACCAUAUCAAUUAAAUUCGAGAACUUAAAAGAAUAUCAAAUAGCGAUCAUAAUGCGUUCAUAAGGUCUUAAUCAACGAAAAGCAUAAAAGAUAAAUCAUAAGAAAUUUUGGAAACUCUAGUUGAGGAUGAUGAAUUUGAGAGAUUCAUGAAUAACAUUAAAGUCUUUAAAGAUGACAUCCAGUAAGACAUAGUUGAGGAGGAGUUAGAUGAUUACAGCAAAUUUAUUCUAAACUACUAUAAAGAGACCGUAGGAAUUCCGUCACAAACUAAGGAAUAACUCAAACUUUGUACUAAAUUCUCGUAAUCUCUCAAUAUAGACUCUAUAUUGUUUACAGCUUAAAAAAUUGGAAUAAAAGUAUUAGCAACUAGAGAAACUGAUCUCCUUUGGAUUGCUUAAGAGUUCUUAGUUCACCCUAAUCCUAAUUCAUUAGAUUUCCAAGGCUAAAAACCAAGUGAGAACCCUAUCGAAAAAAUUAAAAACUAUUAUUUCUAACAAUUGGUUUAGGAAUAAAGAAGCAUUAGAGUAGAGAAUAUUUCUCAAUAAGUUAAAGGCCCAGAGGAACUAGAAAAGUACAUGCAAGAAAAUUCGUGGAUGACCAUUUAUGAAAAAGGAGAAUAUUAUAAGUAUAAUUUUCAAACAAAAGAAAAAGAGCUAUUGAAUCUAAAUACAAACAAUAAUUCUUUAGAGAGAAGACCAUCAAUUGAUAAUACAGGUAAAGUUUAAUUUUAAGCCUAAAUGGGUUCUGGUCUGCUUAGCUUUUUAAGGAAAAAAGGUUUAGUAGUUAAUCCACCAGGAGGAUUAGGAGGAAUUCUAGGAGGAAAUAAUGAUUAAUAAUAAAAUCCUUCGUAGAAUGUAGGAGCCGGUCAGCCAUAAGUUAAUAGCAUAAGUUUAGCUCUAGGCCAAAUAAAAGCUGCAAUAUAGAUUUAACCUUAAGGAAAUACUGAUAUAAAAGACUAACCUAUUUAAGCAGUUUCUUAAGCAUAAUCUGAUUUUAUGAGAUAACUUAUGAUGGGAUAAAUAAAAACUAGUAAUGUCAUUAGUAAUUUCUCUGCUAGUCAAAAUAGCAACAAUAAUUUUGAUCAGUAAUCUAAUGACUAUAAGCUACCCAAAAGAGAAAAUAGCCAACCGAUCUCUGUAUCUUCUGACACAAGUAGAAGUAUUUAAUAAAACUAUGGAAUUGGAUUUGCCUCCUAAGUUAACAUAUAAAAUAGAGAAAACUUGAAAAAUAUAGAUAUUAAUGCAAUUUAAUAGUACUAGCAUUAAACUAAAAAACCAACUGAAAUGGAGCUUUUAAAGGUUUAGUCAGAUAUCUAACCUCAAACUCAUUAUGAUUCAGUCAAAAAUUCAAAAUCUAAUUCAUUUUUUCCUGCAAAUAUUGCAUUGAAAUCAAAUCCUAGCAUGCAAGACUUAAAUAGCUAUGGACUCAACGAUGAAACUUAGCAGUAUCUUAAUAAUAUAAUGAAAAAUAUGGAGAUGGCUAGAACUUCAAAUAUGGAGAUGAGGAAACUGGCAAGUAGAGGACUUUCAAAUAUUUCCUAAAAUCAAAAUAAAAGAGUAAAAGUUGGAUCAGUUUCACAUAAAAGAAUUUCAAAUUAAGCAUAAAUACAGUAAGAAUUGGAAUUUGAAGAACUAAUUAAGCCUGUAAGAAAUAUAAAAAGAAUAAUCUUGAAUCCUUAAGAGAGCUAUAACAGAAUGCAAAUACAAUAAAUUGAAGCAUCAAAGACAAUGAAUGAUUUCAGUGAAUACUAACAUACUUUUUGCAGCAAAUUUCUCGAUAAGCAUCUAUCUAGUCAAUAUCUAUCACCUUUAAAUGAUAUGAAUUAAACCCUCGAAAAUUCUUCUAAUUUCAACUCAAAGAUAUUUAAACGUCUAAGAGAUAAUGUAAAGUUGAAGUCGAUGAGCUACCUGACUUAGAGAUAGUUUUAAGAAAGACUAGAUAGAGUAUAAGAGGAAACUGAAUUUGAAAAGGAUGCUUAUUAAAAGAAAUUAGAUAUGGCUUAGAGUAUAGUAUCGACGAUACCAUAUAAUUAUAACAAAUUACUUAGAGACUCAUAGACACUAAGAUAGGAUUUCUUAUUCAAGACUGCCCAAAAAGGUAUAGUCAUUGACACCAGAUAGAGGAUAUUGUCUUAGCAGUCUAAACGUCUAUAGAUUAAUGGUUCAUAAAGUGCAAGAGAGUUAAACAUAGGAAAUAACUUUAGGAAUAUGAGCCCAAAAAGUUUAGUAAGGUGGGGAAUGAAAUCUAACCUUAACUAUUAAAUGGCUAAGAAAACUGGCAUUAUAAGAUCUACCUAGAGUAAAACAAGUUAUAGCAAACUUCGUAGAAAUCAAGAGGAUAAAAUGGUUUUCUCAAAAGUCUAGCUUUGA